AUAUAGCCCUUUAAGUGCCAAAGUCACAAAACAUUGCUGAAUUUGCUGCCUCGUGUAGUUAAUACUUUACACCGGGAGAGGGCGGACAUCUGUAACUUCUAAUGUGAACAUUUGUGAGCAUUUCUAUGCAAAGGUUAGGAGUUUAAUAGGCUCCAGCAUGCCCCCGCGACCCUAAUGAGGAUGAAGCGGUAUAGAAAAUGGAUGGAUGGAUGGAUGGGUUAGGAGUUUAUAGACCUUGAGUGCCACGUGGCUGCAGCUGUGAGUCUGCUCGACAUGAAGUCCACACGCAGCACGUACCCGUACUUGAGCCGAUGCUUUGCUGAACCGUGUUCGGGGUGGCAGGUCGUGAUGGGUUGUCAAAUCAUCGCUAAUGGUGCAGUUUGGACUCCAACCACUAGGUGGUGCUGUGGUCACCUUGACUGCCAGUCAUGAGCAUUCCAUCGCUUGUCAGGAAGUAAAAAAGACAAAAGCAAAGAGUGACGAUUGAAGCAAGAGGCCAAGAUGAAGCGUGUGCUUUGACUUCAGACUCCCAAAGAGUCCCAUCCUGCUUUUCCCUGGAAGGCUGCAGACAAUCCCUCCUCCCUCGCCUUCCAUUUGUGUGAAACAUUUAUGACAGCUGAUGUUUAAAUCACGACUUGGCCUCCACGUCGCAUCUUUCAUUGGAAACGACAGCCCAUUCUCCAAGGAGAAGUACCUGCUGGAGUCUCCUCCCGAGAAGCUGCGUAAGGAGCUGGAGGAGGAGCUGAAGCUGAGCCCGGCCGACAUCAGGAGUCAUGGCUGGUACCAUGGGCACAUACCCAGAGAGGUGUCAGAAACUCUGGUUGUGCGUCACGGAGACUUCCUGGUACGCGACUCCCUGGUCAACGUGAGCGACUACGUGCUCACCUGUCGCUGGGACAACGAGGUGCUGCACUUCAAGAUCAGCAAAGUCCUGGUGAAGUCCAGUGAUAGCAAGGUCCAGUAUGUGCUGGAGUCGGAGAGCUUCGACUCGGUCCAAGAGCUGGUACGCUUUUAUGUGAGUCAGCGCAAACCCGUGUCCCAGUCCAGCGGCGUCCACAUCUUCUGCCCGGUGAACAGGACACUCCCGCUGCGCUACCUGGAGGCCACCUUUGCCCUUGCCAGCAGCAAGCAAGGCUCCGCCUACUCGCCGUCCAGCCAGAGGGGUGCUUAUAUCAAGAGGAGGAGCGUCACCAUGACAGAUGGCCUCACCACAGAGAAGAUGAUUCCUCACAGCGACUCAGACAGCCCCAGUCCGGUUGGGACACCGGUGGCACCACCAGAACCAGAGCCGGAACCUGUGCCCACAUGCAGGUGCCCUUCCACCAUCCACCACCACAAAGAUGCAAUGAGAAACUGUGCAAUGAGCAUGGACCAGAUUCAGGAGUACCGCUGUCCCCUUUCGCCCGUUGGGGAGACCCCUCUGUCCCCUGCGUACUGUGCAAUCACGAGACAGAGAGCCCACUCAGGCGGACGUGUCCUGGCCGUGGUGCCGCCCUCCCCCGUCACGCGACAUUCCAGUGACCCUCAGCUCAGCCCCACCUCCGCCAACAACCCCCCGGAGCAUCCCGCCUGCCACUCGGCCCACUCCUCGCCCGCGCAUCGCCCCGCUUUGCAAGCGCACUCCUCGGACGCGGCGGGGAGCUACUGCGACCUCAGGCCCUGCCCGGCUGGCCCCCCAAAACCUCCCACCAAGAGCUACGUGGAGCGAUUACGAGUGGAGGAGGGGAGGAACGGGGGCGCCAGGGAGGACGGAGAUGGAAUGUGCAGCGCUCCCCUGGUGGAGAUGGCAUCCUUCUUCCGGCCAUCCAGGUACGAGUCUUGCAUCAUGCCCGCUGACAACAAACCCCUGGAGAUGUCCGUGCUGAAGAGGGUGAAGGAGCUGCUGGCUGAAGUGGACGCAAGGACAGCAGCUAAACACAUCACCUUAGUGGACUGCACGAUUGCCAGAAUAGUGGGCGUGACCUCAGAGAUGCAACGGAUGAUGGGCGUGUCCUCGGGCUUGGAGUUACUCACGCUACCUCACGGACACCAGCUGAGACUGGACCUGCUGGAGAGGUUCUACACCAUGUCCAUCAUGACGGCGGUGGACCUGCUGGGCUGCACGGGGAGCACCGAGGAGAGGGCGGCGCUCCUCCACAAGACCAUCCAGUUGGCGGCCGAGCUGAAGAGCAACCUGGGCAACAUGUUUGGCUUCGCCGCCGUCAUGAGGGCCUUGGAGCUGCCGCAGAUUUCCCGGCUGGAGCAGACGUGGGUGACGUUACGGCAGAGACACACGGAAGGCGCCAUCUUGUACGAGAAGAAACUGAAGCCUUUCCUCAAGAACUUGAAUGACGGCAAAGAGUCCAGCGUCCUGUCCAGCACCACCUUCCCGCAUGUCAUCCCUGUCCUGUCUCUGCUGGAGCGCGGCCUGGCGCUCGGGGAGGCGCCGGAGCCCUGGGAGAGCGCCGAGGUGGGCGUGGACGUGGUCAUGCACCACUUGGAGGCGGCCCGGACCGUGGCGCAUCACGGGGGGAUCUACAGGAGCAACGCCGAGAGCAAACUGCUGGGAUUCCAGGCGCAAGCGGAGAUACACGAGAUCUUCCACACGGAGUUCCAGAUGCGCCUCCUGUGGGGCAGCCGCGGCUCCGAGGGCAGCCAGCUGGAGCGCUACGAGAAGUUCGACAAGGUCCUCACCGCUCUUUCACACAAGCUGGAGCCUCCGGUGCGCCACAGCGAGCUAUAGCAAACAAAAACUGCCACAAUAACAAGUACAGCAACAAACACUUAGCACCUGGUAGCCGUCUUGCCUUGCAUGGCCAAGGAGGACACGGGAGGCGUCCCCUUUGGACACCGUGCACGUGAACGGAGAGGCGGCUAAAAGACGACGGAGACGGUGACGCUACGCUAAUCGCACUCACAAAAUGUGGCCAUCAGCGGGCAGCCACAGGAAGAGUGCUCCUGUGUUACGACUGCGGUGGCCCCCGGGGGUCAAAGGUGUCAAAGGCCCGCAGACACUUCUUUCUGUCUCACGCUGAAGUAGGAACGGCCGCGCACCACGUACCCGUCAUAACCUAGACAUCAUGUUGGCAACAUUCUUUCUUUUGUGUGUCUUAUUUUUUUUUUUUUUUUAAAGAUCUCCAGAUGUUGUCAGUGUUGAGAAGAAAGGAGGCAAGAUGGAGCAUGCAUCACAAAAGCACUUCAUACAACCUAUGAUUGCUUCCUACCUCCCAAUUAAUUACCCUGUAACAUAUUUCAUAUCUAAUCCACACAUUUGGACAGGAAUGUUUGGCGCCCAGCAGGGGGCGACCUCUCUCCAGCGUUGAACACUACAUGCUGAUGUAUUGUGUGUAUUUAUUUUGUGUUGGUGUAUUCUGAAGCCUACUGGUUUAGGUUUGACAGCUGCUCACACUGAUGGUGGAAAGAUGGAUGAUUUUGUGUGUUUUUUGAAUUCAUCAAUUCCCCUUUUGGAUACCAAAACAGUGACACGCUGAGCUGGAAUGUCCCGGGAAAGGAUUUAGUGAAAUGACCUUAAUGGGUAAAAGGACAAGAGGCUGUUCGGGACUGAUGAUUUUUUUUUUGUUUGUUGGUUUGCUUGUUUGUUUUUUUUACAUAUUGUACAUAGCAGGUCACUUUUUUUCAAAUAAAAUGAUUGCUUGUUUCACAAAACCUUCCUGAUUCAAUAUGUUAUUUAAUACUGCAGACAGAAUUGCAUUUCUAUAUCAUGUAAAUUAAAUGUGUAGUGCACACAUCCCAUUUAA